CGUUUUGGGGGCAAGUUUUGGACACGGCCCAUCUCUCCGGGCGCCAAACCCGUACGGCUAGAGAAAGAGCAAGCAAGCGAAGGAAAAAAUCUCUCCUCUUCAUGGCGCUUCCCUGCCAACCCUUGGAAGCGUGGGGAUUGGGAGAUUGGAGCGCGGAGCUCUAAUGGCGCAUCGCGGCGAGUGGCUACAAUGGAGGGUUUGUGCGCGGCCAUAACGAGGGGAGAUUGAUCCAUCCAUCCAAGCUCUGGAAAAAUUCCACGCGAUUUGCUCUACCAAGCUACCGACGAUUGGAUCCAAUCUCUCGCAAUGCAGCCAGCGACACUGGUGGCUCUCGCCGCCACCGUCGUCAACAUGCUCCAAGGAUGGGACACUGGAGCCAUUGGAGGAGCUCUCUUGUAUUUCAAGCCCGAGCUCCAUUUGAGCGCUACCAUGGAAGGCCUGGUGGUGGCCGCCAGCCUCGCGGGAGCAUGGUGUAGCACACUUUGUGCUGGAGCAGCAGCCGAUAGAUAUGGCAGGCAGAAAAUUCUCUUCAUCUCCUCCAUCAUCUUCGUGACGAGCUCGUGUAUCAUGGCCUGGACUCCAAACAUCUACGUGCUCCUCCUGGCCAGGCUGCUGCUCGGUGCCGGGGUCGGACUGAUCACCACCAUCGCUCCCAUGUACAUUGCGGAGAUUGCUCCCACCGAGAACCGUGGCCAGCUUCUCACGUUCCCGCAGCUCAUGGGAUCAACCGGCCAGUUCCUUUGCUACGUUCUCGUCUUCCUCAUGUCGCUAAGUCACCACCCGAUGUGGAGAUACAUGCUGGGAAUGCUCUUUGUCCCGGCUAUGGUGAAUUUCACUCUCGCGCUCUUCUACAUACCCGAGUCUCCGAGAUGGCUCGUGAGUAAAGGGCGGAUGGUGGAAGCUAAGAAAGUGCUACAGAGGCUGCGGAACACGAAAGACGUCACAGCCGAGCUUGCGCUUCUAGUAGAAGGUUUGAACAUCGGUGAGACAACGCUGGAAGAAUGGCAACUCAAGCCGGUGGAGCUCGGGGGGUCCACAGCGUCGUUGAAGCUUGGGAGCUUCCGGGGUAACUCCAAGAUGAUGCAGGAAGGGAACGUUUCGUGGAUAGCUACGUCUGCAACCGGGGGUGGUGGUGGAUUCCUCUCGCGGCGAGCGAGCAUGGUUUCGUCGCUCAGGGAUCCGGUGGUGACGCUGUUUGGAAGCAUGCACAACAGCACGCACGACCACCUCCCUGUUGUUCCGGCGGUCUUUGGAACGUUUCGGAGCACUCACGACCACCUCCCCGAGCCACAGACCGAGCUCAUGCACGACAACUGGGACCAAGACGAGGGACCGAAGACACCACAGGGGAAUGGCUACCAGUCGGACGAUGGAAUGGUCGGAAACCUGGACGAGAACCUGAGCACGCCGCUCUUGAACCCAGCCAGGAGCGGGAAGUUUGAUGCGUCGCCGUGGUCCAUCGCAGGAACUCCUCGUGAUCAGAGGCCGAGCCAGGGGAGUUUCGCGGACCACCACUAUCACGACAACACGAGCAGGCAAAACAUAAACUUCCCGAGAGGCAGCAAGGACGCGAACGAGUCAAGCAUGUAUGGAAGGCAGAGUGCGUACAGCAUAGCCGCGAGCGUCCCGGAAUCCAUAGCUAGUGUAGGCAUUGGCGGGGGGUGGCAACUUGCAUGGCAGUGGACGGGAACCGAAGGCCAGGAAAACAAUCCAGACGAUCACGGACAGUUCAAGAGGGUGUUUUUGCUCCAACACCAAGCCGAUCAACACCAACAGCAGCAGCAUCCGCAGGGAUUUUCGUCGAUAUCUUUGCCUCACGGAGAGGAAAUAGAAGCUAUCCAAGCGGCAGCACUGGUCACGCAGGCAUCGCAAUACUCGAAACACAUGGAGGACGAGCAUCCGGUCGGUCCAGCAAUGGUCCAUCCCGCCGAGACCGCCGUCCAAGGCGUUGCAUGGUCCGACUUGCUCGAGAUUGGCGUCCGGAGAGCUCUCACUGUCGGCAUUCUCUUGCAAGUCCUACAACAGUUCAGUGGCAUCAACGCGGUUCAGGCUUUCGUACCACAGAUCUUGUCACAGUCUGGUGCCUCGGCGUUACUUACCAGCCUCGGCCUCGGCACAAAUUCGGCCUCCAUUCUCGCCAGCACUUUCAGCUCGCUCUUGACGCUACCUUGUAUCAUCUUCGCGAUGAAGAUCAUGGAUCGAGCAGGACGCAGGCAAUUGUUACUGGUGACUCUGCCAAUUCUUUUCGUGGCUCUCAUCACCAUCGCCACCUCCAACUUGCUGCUGUCGCAAGGCGUCGUCCAGGCCGCGGGAUCCUUCGGUGGCGUGCUCAUCUACAUCUGCACAUUCGUGAUGGGCUUCGGAGCCAUCCCAAACAUUAUCUGCUCCGAGAUCUUCCCGACCCGAGUCCGCGGCGUUUGCAUCGGGUUGUGCCAGACGGCGUUUUGGACGUGCAACAUCCUCAUCACUAACUUGUUCCCCACGCUGCUCCAGGCCAUCGGCGUGGGCGGUAUCUUCGGCCUCUUCUCGCUCGUGGUGCUUUGCUCCUGGGUUUUUGUCUACCUUAAAGUCCCAGAGACCAAAGGCAUGCCUCUCGAAGUUAUAUCCGAGUUCUUCGCCAUGGCUUCCGUCAAGCAAGCUUAGUUUCAGAAUUCUGAAAAAUUAAAGUACUGGAUUUCUUAUUUCUCCAUCCUCUCUUGCCUUUGAAAUGAGAACGCAAAGCUCCUGUUUUA